CAGGAGGGGCGGGGCUAGGAGCGCGGAGCCGCGAGCGCGGAUCUCGCGAGAGCAGUGGGGAGCGGAAGCGGCGUUCUUGCAGGAUGCGGUUCCUGGUUGCGUUGGUCUUGCUGAGCGUCGCAGUGGCGGGAGCCCUGCCGUCCUCUGGUCAGUCAGCCGCUGAAAAUCCGCCCCAUGGUUCAGGAAAAGAGAGUCCAGAUACCUCUGCAGGAAGAGACCCCAACCAGCUGCCUAAAGGCAUAGAAAAUUCUGAAUCCAAAGGUUCUCCCACUUCCAGUCACAGAAACAUCGGCCCGUCGGAUAUAGGGGACAAAGUGUCCACCAAAGGAGGCUCCGACCAGUCGGAUCCAAAGAAGGUGUCUGCCCAAGGAGAGUCCGACCAGUCAGAUCCAAAGAAGGCAUCUGCCCAAGGAGGCCCCGACCAGUCAGAUCCACAGAAGUUGUCUGUCCAAGGAGGCUCUGACCAGUCUGAUCCAAAGAAGGGAUCUGCCCAAGGAGGCUCCGACCAGUCAGAUCCAAAGAAGGCGGCUGUCCAAGAAGGCUCCAACCAGUCAGAUCCAAAGGCGGCGGCUACUCAAGGAAGCUCGGACCAGUCAGAUCCCAAGACAGCGUCUGCCCAAGGAGGCUCUGACCAGUCAGAUCCAACUAAGGCGUCCACCCUAAGGGGAACUGGCCAGUUGGAUUCUAAGCAGGCAUCUGCCCAAGUAGUCAGGGAGCAGUUGGAUCCAAAGGUGUCCACUCAAGGAGGCUCUGGCCAGCCUAGUUCCAGCAAGGCAUCAUCCCAAGGGGGAGCCAGCCAGUCAGGUCCUAAGCAGCCCCAAGGGGACUCCAGCCAGUCCACUUCAGAUAAACUGUCAGCCCAAGAAGGCUCCAGCCCCUCAGGUCCUGAGCAGUCAUCUGCACAAGGGGUCGCCCACCAGUCCAGUCCAGACAAGGCAUCUGCCCAAGGAGGCUCCAGCAAGUCCAGUCCUGAGAAGGCAUCUGACCAAAGACUCUCUGACGAGUCCACGCUGAAUAAGGCCUCAGCCCAAGGAGGCUCAGGCCAGCCUGGUGCAGAGAAGACAUCCUCCCAAGGAGGUUUCCAUCAGACAGGUCAAGAGAAGACUCCCAUCCAAGGAGGCUCCGUUCAGUCCAGUCCAGAGAAGAUAUCCCUGAAAGACCACACCAACAAGCCCAUCUCCAACCCCUCCUCUGAUAACAGGGAACAUUCAAAGACAGACAAAAGCCAGCUAGCUGACAAAGGAGGGAUCCCUCCGCCAGCCUCCAGAACUGAAUCCUUGGAGAAAGAGGCAGUGGACUCUGACCUCACUUCUCUGCAGCAGGAGGGAGAAGAUAAGGAGGAACCUUCAGAGCUUUCCAAGGAUGUGGAGCCCAAGGAGACUGAAGAAGGCAAUACAGGGCCUGAACAGGACUCACCCCUCAAAGAAGAGAAAGAAAAGAUUCCUGGCCUUGCCUCCAGUGAGAACCAUGAAGGGACACUUUUGGAUUCCAUGAGCAAUAAGAAGGGUGACCUUUAUAAAGACAGUCUUGAAAGUGCCAGCGCAGAGAGCAGCCACUUCUUUGCUUAUCUGGUGACCGCAGCCAUUCUUGUAGCUGUUCUCUAUAUUGCCUAUCACAACAAGCGGAAGAUUAUUGCUUUUGUCCUGGAAGGAAAAAGAUCCAAAGCCACUAGGAGGCCAAAGGCCAGUGACUACCAGCGUUUGGAUAUGAAGCUCUGAUUUUUUUUUUUUUGUCCUUGAGAACCUUGUCCUCCCUGCCAUCUGCCGUUUUGAUUCUAAAUCAAGAGAAAUGAAGAGCGAAGUACUGUGAUCUAAGAGACGCCCCAUCUUUGGGGUCUGGUGGCAAGUCGGGGCAGGCAGAGGCCGUGGGGUGGGGGCUUGCUUUGGUUUUGCACCUGCACUUUGGUGACAUCGUACUCCUGUGUUCCCUCAUUUAUGCUGGCGUCUGCCAUCCUUUCCUCCUGAGUGCGAGUGGAGGGAGCAUGUGGAAGCAGGGCUGUGACUGGCGGGAGGCGCCAGCUCUGGGCAGCCACGCUGCUCAGCACCCUCCCUCAGGCCUUUGAGUCAUGGCCCUGUAGUAAAGAUAACCCUUGACCGUGGCAUUGCACUGUCUGAUGUUCGUCCUCCCAGACCCAGGAGAACACUAGGUAGAGCUGCUUUUCUGCUACGGUCUCUUUGGGGGAUGUGCCCUGCAGAAAAUGUAGAAGAUGGUGAAAUGCUGACGGACACAAGCCCGCUUUAAACACUCACUUCUCUUCAAAGACUUCAGCAGCAAACCAACACAGGUUUAAGAGUGCUUUAUUGCCUGCACGUCUGACCUGGGUAGCAUAUGAUUUGAUUUUGUUUUUAAUACUUUAUGUUCACUUGAGACGAAGUGAGUCCACUGGAUGUAGCAGGCAUAAAACUGAACUUGGGCGUUCUGGAAAUGAAGCCACUGUUCCCAUUAUAGCUAUGUAUGGACAGUCAUACAUGAAAAUGUGGUUAUGAUGAACAAAACAGCGGCUUCUUUCACACAGGCAUCCUCAGUAGGAACUUUCUGAAAUAGGGCAAGUUCACGCUUUAUGCAAGAAAAUAUGCUGGAAGGUUUUGGGUUUGGUCUGCAUUUUGUUCGAAGGGCUUUGAUGAAAUAGGCUUCCCACAGACUCGUGUUUUGCCUUUGUUGCCUGAAAUAGACAGUUCAUAUUUAGAACCUAACUGUACUCUGUUCAUUUUACCUUACUCUACUGAAUGGCCCUCUCCUCUGAUAAUAAGAUGCCAAGGCUAAUUAGUAAAAAUUCUUUUAUCCUAUGUCAGAAACAGCUAGAAUUUCAGAAUUCAUUGGGUUCCCCUGGGAUGACUGAGAGUAAUGUCUUGAAUCACAUUAUUUCAUUAUUUAAAGUUUUACCUAGAACUGGGGGCCGGAAGGUGGUGUGGUGAUUAGGGUGUUAGAGUCCCACACGUUCGGCCCUGGACCCAGCAGCUUGAAAAUCACACCAAAUGCGCAUGUGUGCACCUGCGUGUCCAAAAUCACGAGAGGAGACUGUCAGGGGAGGGAUUGCGGCCCGGGGUGAUUCUGGCAAGCACACAUGCUCUAUAGCCAAAACCAGGGAGGGGGGCUUUACUUAAAACUGUUCCAGUCCUGGUACCCUAAUACCAAGGGCCUAAAGAGGUUUGUUUCCAAGCUAAUCUCAGGGAAAGACAAUGUGGGAGGUUAGAGAAAUGUGAUGAAUUCUGUGCUGUUGAGGAAGGAAGUCUGAAGGGACCAUCCUCUUUGACACUUUAAACAGCCCAUGGCUUUGAGUUGAAACUGUCCCUGUUGGCAAGUAGCAUACUUUAUGGAGAUAAGGACCGAGUGUCUACUCUGCUUGGCGUCAUUCUCUACUUGUACAGCAUGCUUAUGACAUUUUAGAACCCUCUGUCCCCCUCUCCCCCUACUGUCUUCUGUUUGUGUCUGUCUGCACUGGCACCUUUUUUUCGCCUUCACACGUGACCAGGUUUCCCUGCUCCCAUCUGUCCUCUCCUACGUGUCUUCAUCCCACUCCUCGGUUCUCCAGGAGUGCUGCUCCCGUUACCUCAGCACUCAGCUUCUUCCUGACUCUGACGGACUCACCUGGAUCGCUCACUUCUGUCUUUUCCAAGGACUGCCAAACCCAGUGGCCUGUCCUCAAAGCUUGGUCUUCUUGGUAGACUUGGAUACCGUUGGCCAUCCACACUGAAAGCGCCUUUCUUGGCAUCUCUGACAGACUUGGCUUUUGCUUUGUCGGAUGCGGGGGGCAGGGGGAGUUGAAAGCCAGCUCUCUCCACUCCCUUGACCCUCCUCACAAAUUCAUCGUUUCUUCAUCCUCCAAGUGACUCUGGACUUUAUCCUCAGCCUUAGUUCACAGAGACCAGUUCUGCGUGCCGACCAUUUAGCUUGGUUGUCCUGUCGUCACUAAAACUGAACUGAACUUCUCAUCAAGCUGCCCCUCUCAAAUGCCCACUGUCCUUAAUCCAAACUAGACUUUCCCUUUUUCUAUCUUGUCACAAAAAGUCUGUCCAUUUCUUUUUAUUUAAUGUAGCCCCAUCUUCCUUCCCAUUUUCCUUGCUCCCUUUGUCCCAUACCAUACCUUUACCCAUUCCACACUUCUGUCCUAGAUAUUUUUCAGGAGCCACCUUAAUUGGUUCUGCCCAUCUUCUUGGGAAGGUCAUUGUUCCCGAGAUACUUGCCCUGGGCUGAAGCUUCUGUCCGUACUUGUCAUGGCGUAGUGAACCUAGCUGUAGACGCCCUGGUACUCGACUCUGCAGACUGAUUCCUUCCUGCCUUUCUCCGCAGCCCACCAGGCCAGAGCCUCCUCUCGGCAUGUGCCCGUCUGUGCCAUUGUUCUUGGUGUGUCCUCUGUGUCCUGGCUCCCCAGUGGUUCUUCGGUUAGAUUUUUCUUCCUUCUUUCUCUCGCCUUCCCCAGAUCUACCUGUUUCUUUGGGAUUCUGUUAUGUCUUCCCUUGUACCUUCCUAGCUCUCCCACUCCAUGGUUGGCUCCUUGCAUUCUUCUACCCUACUAGUUUCUAAUAAUGCCACUCACUCGUCUUGGAACUUCCAACACCACAAGGCAGGGAGCGUCUGACGUCUCUCUGGUCCCAUUAAAAAACCAACCAACCAAACAAAAACCCUAAGCUCUUGAGGGACCCCCUGGUGACAUCUUCCUUCCUGCCUGGCAUAGUGACACUCCUUCAGGCCCUAGGAAUUCAGGUACUCCUGGCAGAGGGGAUG